CCCCAGCAACAGCAGGUGGCUACGCAGCAGUUGGCCUUCCAGCAGCAACUCUUACAGAUGCAGCAGUUGCAACAGCAGCACCUUCUGUCUUUGCAGCGUCAGGGGCUGCUAACGAUCCAGCCCGGCCAGCCUACUCUGCCUUUGCAACCCCUUGCACAAGGCAUGAUUCCAACAGAACUGCAGCAGCUCUGGAAGGAAGUGACAAGCUCGCACACAGCGGAGGAGGCAGCCAGCAACAACCACAGCAGCCUGGACCUGUCCACCACCUGCGUCUCCUCCUCCGCUCCGUCUAAGACCUCCUUAAUCAUCAACCCGCACGCCUCAACUAAUGGACAGCUAUCGGUCCACACUCCGAAACGGGAGAGUUUAUCCCACGAGGAGCACUCACACAGCCACCCGCUCUAUGGACACGGCGUAUGCAAAUGGCCAGGCUGUGAAGCAGUAUGUGAAGACUUCCAGUCGUUUCUAAA